AUGAUAGUGUACCACCCCUGUGCCAGGAAUUAAGUACAAACAAGAAAUCCAAAACUCAUAGCCAGUGCCCUCAGAGCCCACUGUCUGCUGGAGGUAUGACAGCAUGGCCCUUCAUGGCUCCCAAGUUUCGUACUCUAACACAAACACAUCCUGCCCUUUCUCUGCUGUUUCUGACUUCUUCCAGCCAAGAUCCAUGAAGAGAUUAACCAGGUGAUUGGACCUCACCGGAUUCCAAGUGUGGAUGACAGGGUCAAGAUGCCCUACACAGAUGCCGUGAUCCAUGAGAUACAGAGACUGACAGACAUUGUGCCUAUGGGUGUUCCCCACAACGUCAUCCGGGACACUCAUUUCCGAGGCUUCCUUCUGCCCAAGGGCACCGAUGUGUUUCCCCUACUUGGUUCAGUCCUCAAAGACCCCAAAUACUUCCGCUACCCAGAUGCUUUCUAUCCACAACACUUCCUGGAUGAGCAGGGCCGUUUCAAGAAGAAUGAAGCCUUUGUUCCUUUUUCCUCUGGAAAGCGCGUCUGCCUGGGUGAGGCCAUGGCCCGAAUGGAACUCUUUCUCUACUUCACCUCCAUUCUUCAGAACUUCUCCCUGCGUCCUCUAGUGCCGCCUGCCGACAUUGACAUCACCCCCAAAAUCUCCGGAUUUGGCAAUAUUCCCCCUACCUAUGAGUUCUGCCUGGUGGCCCACUGA